AUGACUGAACAAGAUCCUAAUUUCUUUAAAUAUCCAUUAAAACUGAUCAAACAAGAAGUCAUAAACAUUAAGCAGAGACAGCCAUCUUCUUUUGUAGCACUUUGCUUGUUGGUUCUACACAACAAUACUUUAGAUAAAAAAAUAUUCAAAACUAAUACACAACUUAUCAGUAACUGCGUUGAAAUGAUUUCAAUGGAAACCGAGGUAGAUUGUAGUAGCUCUCUAGUAGAAUUUGAAAAAAGUCUUCAAAAUAAACUUCAACUUUUUGUUACAGAUAAUGGAACAGCCUAUGUGGCAGUACACGAUAAAAUGUUUGACAUUAUAACAGCUAUUUUGAUUCCUUUAAUGUUUUCGAGUGUCAUUAAAUUUGGAAAUAGUUCGCUGCUUUCAAAUCGGAUUCAGCUUACUUCACUUGUUGAGAAAUCUGAUGAUUUUGUGCAGCUUCUUCCCUCUGAGCUAGACAGUGCCUAUUUUGAAAGGAUUAAAUUGGACAUCGAACAAGGACAUCACUGGGAUGUGUUUUCUAACAUACAAACCAGAUUGGAAAAAUACCGACACAUAUUUUUAGUUUUUUUAAGUCAAACAGAAUUGAAUAUGAACACGUUAGGAAGUGAUGGUUCGACUCCUUUGUUUGUUUCAGCGUAUAAGGGUUAUACAGUUUUCGUAAAAUUUCUAGUAGAGAAAUGUCCAGAACAAAUAUUUCAAAGGGAUGAGAACAACAGGUCACCUUUAUACAUUGCGUGUAAACAAGGUCAUACAGAGGUUGUUCAGUAUCUCUUAAACGUUGACAAAGAUGUCCAUCAAGUUCAAAACAGCAACUGCACUCCUUUUUAUGUAUCUUGUCUCGAACGACACAUAGAUAUUGCUAAGAUUUUAUUACAACACGAAUCAAUGAAUAAAGACAAAUCAAUUUCGCAUGCUCCAUAUAAAAAGAGAAAUUUGACAAAACAUAAAACCGAUAUGCUAAUCAAUAAGCCAAUGGACACUGGUAUCACUCCGAUAAUUGCUGCAGCUUAUAGGGGUUGCGUAGACAUAGUUGAAUUUCUUCUUAAAAACAAUGCCGCGCUAGAUAUUACUGACGACACCAACUCAACAGCCCUUCAUUAUGCCUGUUUAUGUAAUCAUACGGCAAUUGCACGUUUACUAGUCAGACACGGAGCUGCAUUGGAUCUGAGGGACGAUUUAAAUCAAAGUCCAUUUUUCAUUUCUUGCUAUUAUGGAAACAUUGAUAUUAUAAAAGUUUUGCUCUUUGGUAAACAUUAUUCCAAAAGAAAUCGUGGAGGCAUAAAUGAUUCUUCCUCGUCAGAUAAACCGACUUCUUCCACUCAGUUCAGUCAUCAUACCCUUCCAAUAAAAAAACGUGCUUAUCUUAAGGAAACUGAUGUCCAGGGUGACACCGCUUUACAUGCUACCUGUUAUAACGGACACAUCGAAGUAGGAUUAUUAUUAAUUGAAACAGGCAUAGAUGUAAAUGCAGUUAAUAACAAAGGUCAAACGCCGCUCUUAGUAGCUUGUGCAAAUGGAUUCUUUAAUAUCGCAAAGUUAUUAAUUGAUCAUAACGCAAAUAUUAAUCAGAGCGAUCAUGAAAAGUUUACACCAUUGUUGUAUGCCUCAAAAGGCAAUUUAGAUACAGUCGAAUUACUGAUAAAGCUCGACUGUGAUAUAAAUGCAAAAAACUGUGACAAUAUUACCGCUUUGCAUAAUGCUUGUCGAAAAGGAAACGCAAAAAUAGCUAAACUACUUUUAGAUCACGGGGCAAUCAUCAACGCAUGUGGAGGGGGAGGUAAAACGUCUUUAUUCUAUGCUGCAAGAAAUAAUCAACUUGAUGUGAUAGAAAUUCUUUUGAGUAGUGGAGCUAUUGUUAACCAUCAGGAAGAUGAUGGAGGUACCCCACUUCAAGGUGCUUGUAAAAACGGACACCUAGAUGACGUUACGCACGAUACUGGUGUCACCAAACGUAACGUCGAAUUACGACGUUUUCUACAUGGAAAAAAAACGUUGAAAAACGACGGCAUUGAAAGACUGAAUUGGAUUGUUUUUUAA